AUGAAAUAUACCAGUAAAUCCACCAAGGACUGGCUGAAAACUAAGAAAUGGAGAGUCCUGGAGUGGUCGAGUCAUAGCCCAGAUCUUAAUCCCAUUGAGAUGCUGUGGGGUGACUUGAAACGGGCUGUACAUGCAAUAAACCCCUCAAACAUCUCACAGGUGAAAGAAUUCUGCAUUGAGGAGUGGGGUCCACUUACCCCUCCAACUCUGAGAGUGAAUGUGUCUACCACUAAUGGCAAUGCUUAUCCAGUUAAUGACACCAUCGUGUCCCUCCAUUGUGACGCUGGGGGCCAGAAUGUGGUUAAUUACACUUUUUACCAAAAUGGAGUGACUGCCUGCUCCCAGCCCUAUGUGACCUGUGACAAAGACUUCCUGUACUUCCAGCCAAUCACGAUGAGUGACACCGGGACAUACACCUGUAAAAUAGAGAACCCUAUCAGCAGUAACACCAGCCAGCCGCUCAGUCUAACAGUCAUAGAACGUGUAUCUGGGGUGGUACUGAACAGUAAUGCAUCUUCUUGGCCGCUGUGGGCAGGGAAGGCUUCAGUGAGACUCACAUGUUCAGCUCUUGGCACUAAUGUCACCUUCUCCUGGCACCUGGAUGGGGCACCAUUACCCACAAACCCCAGGUAUCACUUAAUGAAUUCCAACUCCAGCCUCAUUAUCAGCCCUGUGGAGAGAACAGACAAUGGAUCCUUUACCUGCACUGCCUCUAACAGUGUGAAUAGUGAGACCAGCAGCCCCCUGACUCUCAGCCUUGGCUGGUCUCCUGAUAAAGACAUUCUGUGUGAGGCAAACCCAACAGGUCAGAAUGUGACUCUACUCUGUUCCUGGGAAGGAGGGAAUCCUUCUGCUAAUGUGACCCUGGAAUUUAAGAACAUUAACGAGACACGGCAUGACACUGUAUCUAAGACUGUAUUAAAAACUAAUGUCAUUACUAAUGAUUCACUGUCCUGCAGGGGCUCUCAGUAUGAGCAGCAGUCCUGUAAGCUGUUAUUAGCUCGUCCAAUAGCAGACGUGCCCAAUCCUGAUACUAGUGUGGAGGAGGGAAAAAGUGCAACCAUGACAGUCAAUUUAAUUUCAAAUAAAAGAAGAGCUGAUUCACCCCAGAUCCUCCCUACAACGUUUACAUGGAUCAAUCCUCAUAAUCAAACUCUUAGUAAUGGAGACACUUAUAAAAUAAACUCUAGUGAUUACUCGUCUGAAUUGGUAAUAUUUUCACCAAAGGUGAAUGACAGUGGAACUUAUCAGUGUGCAGCUGAAAAUUUUAUGGGAAAGUCUACAUUCGUCUUUACAUUGAGAGUCCAACAAGGUCCCCCAAGUCCGCCACCCAAGCCACCCAAUCCACUAAGUGCUGGUGCAAUUGCUGGAAUCGUGAUCGGAUCACUUGCUGGAGUGGCUCUCAUUGGCACCGCUGUGUUCUUUAUCGUGAAAUCUACAAAAAAAAAACAUAGGAACAGGAGUUCAGGAAAUGCCCAGAUGACGAUGUCAGGGGUAGCAGACAAGAACCAAGAGAAUGAGGAAUACGUUAAAUACGCAGAUCUGAGGUUUAAGAACGCAAAUCCUGGCAACAAGGCACCCGUCCAGCAAGUUGCAGAGACAGAGUACAGCACAGUGAAAAAAUAACAAAGGCAAAGAAGAAAAGUUUAUGUAGAGAAAGGGAGACAUGCUGAAGCACCUCAUACUGUCUCUUAUUAUAAGGCUAUGUUUGUUGUCACUCUAGGUCCAGUUUUGGGUCUGUAGUCCUCUAUCACUCCAGAAGUUCCUUAAUCUGCUGUUUCUCUUUAUCUCCAGAAAUAAAACAGUGAACUACUUUAUAUACCAAUACAGAGGGUAUAAGCAUUUUUUUGAUUGCGCUUAUGCUGGGUGUGUAAAUUGAGUCCAAUUUAUCCAUUUAUCAUUACUGAAUAAAAGCAACCCUCUUACUGCAACAAAUAUUUAUUUAUAAAUUGAAUACAGUUGCCUCUUCAAUUAUUUGGCCACAAAUUUCACUGUUUUUAAUUUAGAUAUAGACAUAACAUAGAUAUAGUCCCUAUUUUGGCUUCCCAAUGUGCAGCACCAAUGAGCUCACAAUAGUAACUGGUCAGCACUAUUUCUGUCUAUUUAAAAAAGCCCAAGUUUGGCCACAGGCUAUUAAGGUGAAUUGUUGUUGGUGCUACAAUACAAAACCCCUCAUGUACAGAAUAAGACUUCAGAAUAAAAAUCCACCUUUGUUAUAUACAGAAUCCAACACUGAAUGCAAAAAUCAAUGAGUUUAUAAAGAAUACAAUAAAAACUAGAUAAGAAAAGGGCAAAUUGUUUUUAAUUAAGCCUGCAAUAAAUUCAUAGUGGUACUUUCCAGUUAAAUGUAUUUUGUUAAUAUGUUAAAACAUAAAUUACAGAAUGCCUUGUUUUUCUAGUUGGUAAAAAAGUAACACUUUUUUAAAUUAAAAUUAUUUUCUCAAAA